AUGGAUGUUGUAGAUGAUUGGGGACGCAAAGCCUCCAUAUCCCCUCCCGAAGAAUCCAUUAUUGGUCCUUCCUUCUCAAACCCAUCAGCCUCGCAGCUACUCUUCUCUUCUCCCUCACUCUCUCCUCCGAUUCUCUCUCGCAUCCCUCACCUAACCCACGCUCGAUUUCUCGCCGUCUCCGGCGUCCCUCCGUCGUCUUCUUCUGCAAUCGAGGCCUCAUUCCGUAUUCCCCAUCCUAACGAUGAUGCCGCUAGGGUUCUCUCCUACAAUCGCCUCCAGUUUCUACCUUGUCCCGGUAAAAACUCCGUCUUGCUGUUUUUCCCAACCGGUACUAACCUCGAUCAGAUUGGGUUCGUCCUGCUUUCCGCCGGAGAUUCAGAUGGUUUACGGGUCAUGGGUACGGAUGAAGGUUACUUAUUUGUCGCUAAAGAGCGAUUCUUUUCGAGAGUUUUGAAGAUAUUGGUGCAACCGGUUAGUGAUUUGGGAGUGUAUAAGUGUUCUUCUUCGAUCGAAUUUGGAUACGUUAUGGUUUAUACUCUGUAUUCGAUACAUUGGUACUGUGUCAAGUACGACGAGUCUCGAGGCAGGCCGGUUUUGAGUUACCUCGGAGGCAAGCAAUUCAAGAGCUGUUCCAUUGCGAGCGCUUCUUGGAGCCCUCAUCUCCCUGGAGAGAGUUUGGUGUUGUUAGAGAACGGUGAGGUCUUUAUGUUUGAUCUGAAUCAUAGGCAUUGUAGAUUUAGAGGUUGCAAGAUGAAAGUUUCUUGGGAGGGUCUAGUGAAUCAGAGUUGGCUAGGAUGUGAAUUUGGCUGGAGGCUCGGGGUUUUCAUCGUUGCUCGGUCUGAUGCAGUCUUUGUCAUCACCAGAAGCUCUGGAAACUGCAGUGCGAGAUCUCUGCUGGAAACUGAGAGUUUGAACAUGGCUGGAACAGAAGAGUUUGUUGCUUUUGCCAAGGCGGGUAGUGACAGCUUUCGGUUUAUUCUUGCUUCCCGGAGCUAUCUAUUCCUCUGUGAUCAGAGAUCGAGAGUGCCUUUGUUGAAAUGGCAGCAUGAUGUUGAGAAGCCUUGCUUCAUGGAUGUCUAUAGCUUGUCCGAUCUCGGAUGUCAGACCGAUGAAUCAACUAUUUCUUGCGUUAUAGUAGGAUCGUUUUGGAAUGCACAAUCUCAGAUGUUCUGCUUUGGACCUUCUCCUUCUGUUGCCAAGGAUCCUUCUUCCUUGUGUGUAUGGGAGCUUCCACACAAUGUACUCUUACCAGCCGGAAAAUGUCUAUGCGGAGAUUGUGUGAUUAGAGAAGUGAUAAUGAAGGAGUCUCUUCCCGCGUGGAUUGAUUGGCAGAAGAAGAGCGUUCUUGUUCUUGGGUUUGGCGUUUUGAACAAGUACCUUUCACUUGGGUCAUCAUAUCAAUCUUCUGGUUUUACUUUGAUUCGAUUAACAUCCUCAGGGAAGCUCGAAGCAGUCAACUUUCGUGCUUCUCGUGAGCCUUUAGAUAGCUUGGAAGUAACAGCUCACAUAGAUUCGGCCUGCAAAUCUGAAGAGGAGAAUUUAUUGUACUUCCCUGAUGAUGACAAAUACAAUUUCCCUAGACGGUUCAAAUAUCUCGAGCUCGGGUAUCUCUCUGCUCACACAAAAGGGAUGCUCGCCGGGUUCUUAGACUCGAGGAUGAGUACAAAAAAAUCAUCGAGUUCGAAGAAGAGUGAUUCUUUUGACGUAACAUUCCACGAGGAGCUAUGCGAGAAGUUGAAGAUUUGCGGAUUCGGUAGAGACAGAUGUUCCUCUACAGUUACUGCGGUAUUCGACAAUAUCGAUUCACCAACAAGCGUCUUCGACAUUGCAUUGAGAGAAACGUGGUCAAGCUUACCUAUAGAGAUUUUGUUGCUUGCGUUCUCAAACUACUCUGAGGUUCAAGGUGUUCUGUUAGACAAGAAGAAACCGUCUCUCGAGUUCUUAGUUGUUCCGGAGUUUCCACAGUUACCACCUUUCUUCCUGAGGAAACCUUCAAGCCGAAGUAGCAAAUGGUCAAAGAAGGAGCAGCCCGGUGUUGAGCUCGUUGGUCCUGUUCUUCCACUUCCAGUCCUCCUCACGCUACACGAGUUCCGCAAUGGUUGUCCGAAUUCAGAACAAGCGUUCUCACCAGAUGUAGAGUUCUCUGACCGGUGCGACCAAAUCUCCAAAGCAGCACGCGAGAUGGCAAACUCGGGUGUAAACGAGACAGACAUUUCACUUGACGAAGACUUGUGGCUCAACAACGACUCAUCGCAGAAGGAGAAAAAGCGUUUCAUUGCUUAUUCUCCAAUCACAAAGACAGCUGAUUCAGACAGGCAAGAUCAAGAACUCACUACGUUUGUCUCCAAAGUUCGUCGUAAAGAGAAUAAUGAUGUCGUUGGAGGAAGAGCAGGGCUUGAAGUGUUGGAUGAUAUGUCUCCGGUCGAGAUUUGCUUCGAAGAUCGGGAUGUGAAUUGCGAUACGAAAACUUUGCUUACGUGCAAGACGCUUCUCUCUCAAUGGCAAGAUCGGUCUUCUUCAUAUCAAGACUUCCUUUCUCUGUACCAUCUCCAAAAAUGA